UCAAGAGCACCUACAUUCGAGAGUUUUCUCACACACAUUUUACUUUUUUCCUGAUCAACAGAACGAAAAACAAUUUCCAUUUCGAUCCGCGAGCUCGUGUACUGUCGCAUGUGCUGUGUAGCAAAUUAAUAUUUAUCGUCUAGCGAGCCAAAUUAUUAGUAGCUGCUGCCCUGGGCUGCCAAAAAGUACUGUGCUGUGUUGUCCUCUGUGUGCGCGUGCGAUUGUGUGUGUGUGUGGUGCUUGGCCACAUUGUGUUCGAGAACAAACAGACCUACGAGUGCGAAAAAUCGAGUGUUGCUUCCUUGUGGGAGGUGUGCGCGUUUUUCUUUUGUUGUAACUUUGCUCUCUACUCUUGGUGUUGUUGCGCCUUUCGAGGUCGCGUACCGUGUAAGUGAGUGCGUGGUGUAUCGUAAACCACCCAGGAAGUGUGUGUAACGAAAACAGUGUGCGAAGCGUAAUAGAGCUGCGUGCCUGCGUGUGUGUACGGGGUUUGUGCAAUCCUUUGCGAAAGGGAGCGUUUAAAUUACAAAGUGACGCAUUUAAAGAAACCAAAUUCACCUGAGUGAAAGCUAUCAUCCCGUGGCCAGUUGGAUCGAUCAUCCCUUCAAACCCAGCGCUUGCUACGUUUUUUUCCCAUCCGCGAAACAGGGCUUUAGACUCUCUUUGAAAGGGAAGAGCAAGAAAGCGUUAAUGUGACGUACGGAGCUGUAGGGCAGUGAGCGAGACAGAGCACAAUCCAAGUCAGCAGAUAGACACGCAAAUACGACGAAGGAAGAUACAAAAUUCGUGACUAUCACUGCUGCGUCACCAUCGUCGAGUUCGAUCAUAAAGGAGCAAACAACGGAUCGCGCCCGAUACAACGGGGCGGAAGUGCAUCGCGUAAAUUUAGUACGAGAGUGAAUCCAUCGUGCAGAUCUUGCCGCCAGCGCAUCUGUUCGUAUCUGAGCAGCGAAGCACAACACACGAAACACUGCAGUCACAUCUGUGCUGCGGUCACAACGAUAAGUGCGAGUCUUGGCUAGCUGGCUGGCUUGCUGGUGGCUAAAACGGUCGGUGCAAUUAGAAGGAAGGAAAGCAAUCCUUUACGGUUUUGGAGCAUCUUUAGCUUCUUUCUUACGUGAGCCAUCACACCACUCCUAACAAAAAAACACACACACAUCCACGAUGACCGCCACACCGUCCAGUUCUGCAGUCCGUGCCCUCUCCCUGGAGUACAAAAGCCUGCAAGAGGAACCGGUCGAGGGUUUCCGCGUGAAGCUCCUGAACGAGGAUAAUCUGUUCGAGUGGGAAGUGGCCAUUUUUGGUCCACCGGAUACGCUCUAUCAGGGCGGCUACUUUAAGGCGCAUAUGAAAUUUCCUCCAGACUAUCCAUACUCUCCACCAUCGAUAAGGUUUUUAACAAAAGUCUGGCACCCGAACGUGUAUGAAAACGGUGAUCUCUGCAUAUCGAUCCUACAUCCACCGGUUGACGAUCCGCAGAGUGGCGAACUGCCAUGCGAACGAUGGAACCCGACGCAGAACGUACGAACCAUCCUGCUAUCAGUGAUUUCCUUGCUCAACGAGCCAAACACCUACUCGCCAGCAAACGUGGAUGCGUCCGUCAUGUACCGAAGAUGGCGAGACUCGCACGGCAAGGACAAUGAAUAUCCUAACAUAAUUAGACGACAAGCACAAGCCGCCAAGGCUGAAGCAGAAAAGGAAGGCAUCAUCGUACCACUGACGCUAGAAGAGUAUUGCAUCAAGUCGAAAACGAAACCUACCGGCCAGGAGCCUCAGCUCGAUAUGACCGACUUCUACGACGAUGAUUACGAUCUCGACACGGAGGAUGACGAUAAUGCAUCGGUGGAAUCGUAUGCCGACGGCGAUGACAGUGGCAACGGUGAAUCCUAACGAGCUUAUCCUCGCAGUACGACGGCAGCAGCAUCAGCGAGAAACGCGCGGUACACUAACCAAACUCGUCACACAAAACAUCCCCACUAGGCGACGAGAGAGGCCACAACGCGUGUGACUCACCAAAAACACGGAACAUUGUUAGGUUAAGGCUGGGCUGGAUUGUUAAAGGCCCCGGGAAUAUCAUAGCGAUGAGAGCCCCCUCUUUAUACACUGGUCUGGCGGGGGUUGCAUUCGCCAAAGCUCGCCGCCGCAAACGCCGCCGUGCCACGCUUGGUGGAAUGUUCGUAUUGUUGAUGAGUGCCAGCCAGAUUGAGCCAGAUCGAGGCAUUGUUUGUCGCUAUGCUUUUUUUCAGUUUUGUCCGCGUCAGUCGCGUAUCAGCCGAGAGAAAGAAACGUAAAUGCAUCCACCACCGUCGCCCGCAGAAACAGAUGGAUAGUGAGAGAGAGAGAGAAAAAGAAGAGAGAAAAGUGUAUGAAACCCGGGACGCGGGAAAGUAGUAUUUAAAAGAAAAACAAACACGAGAACUGAAAGCCCUGCUCAAAUCAAUGCAAUCAAUUCAUUCACACAGUUGAUUGUCGCUGAAGAAAGAGAGAAGCUUCGCGCGCAUAUCACGCGUAAGAAAUUAUGUAUGAUGAUAGGUUUUUAAAUUACGCGCCUGCAUGGUGGACAACAAAGUAGGAAAGAAACAGGAAAACAGAGCAGAAAUGGCAAAGCAGCAAACGAAAUGAUAUGAAUGGAAAGAUUUGGAUAAACACACACACACACACACACACAUGGAUCGUGAAUUAAAAUUUUUGUUAAAAAUUAGCAUUAUUAGUAUCCUCAUUAAAGAAAAAUAAUAAACAAUUAUAAAUAUAUCUUUUUUUUUUUACGUGUA